UCUGAUUCCUCCCGUCAUCAUAGGCGGGGUUUCAUUUACUGCUGCCCUUCAGGAAGUUCUCUGAAUCAUGCUGGUGUCACUCAGGACCGACCAAACCGGAACAGCGACGCAUUCCGAGGAGUUUCUGCCUACCUGUCCGUCAGGUGCGGCUCCGCGGGGCGCCRAGCRGCUCCGGGCCGCUUCCUCAGCWGCGAUGUGUGACUGUCUGUCGGCGUGUGUGCGGCGGCUCCUCCCGGAGAAACCGAACCAGGGAGACGACGAACCGAACCACGGGAAUAACAAGGUGGAUGCUGGCGGUAAGAGACCCUCGGUCAGCCCGCCGGCCCCUCCGCCGCCGGACCGGCCGUCGGAAAACGCCAUCUACACCGGGAUCUGGCCGUUCGACGCCCGGCACCGGGACGAGCUGUCCUUCCAGGUGGGGGACCUGCUGGAGGUCAUGUGCCGCAACGGAGACUGGUGGACGGCCAGGAAGAUCGAGAAGAACGGGCGCAUCCUGGGCACCGGGAUAGUUCCCCACAACUACCUGGCCAGAGCGGAGUCCCUGCAGAUGCAGCCGUUCGGUUCUCUGGCCGACCUGGUGAACUAUUACUGCAAACACAGCCUGAACGACAUCGUCUCUCUGGGAAGUCCAUGCCACAAGAAAAAGCCAAACAUCGAAGACAUAAACCACUUACUGGAUGACUGGGUUCUCCCGAAAAGCGAGUUCACCAUCGAGAACCAACUUGGCAACGGCUGUUUCUCGCAGGUCUUCCGCGGUCGCUGGAAGAACCACAUCAACGUCGCCAUUAAGGUCCUGAAAAAUGACUCUGUGGACAACACGGAGUUUCACAGGGAAGUUGAAAUCCUGAAGAGGCUCCACCACCGUCACCUGAUCUCCCUGUUCGCCAUUUGCACCGAAUCGUCGCCGUACUACAUCAUCACCGAGCUGAUGGAGAAAGGCAGCCUGCUGCAGUUCCUCAGAGGAAAAGAAGGACAAAAUCAAGACGCUGCAUCUCUGAUUGACAUGGCAACCCAGGUGGCUGAUGGGAUGUCGUACCUGGAAGAGCAGAAGAGCAUCCACAGAGACCUGGCAGCUCGAAAUGUGCUAGUAGGAGAAGACUACAUCUGCAAGGUGGCCGACUUUGGGCUGGCACGACUCGUCAAGGAGCCGUUUUACAUCUCGGAAGAGAAGAAGAUUCCCUACAAAUGGUCGGCGCCUGAAGCCAUCAGCCACGGGAAGUUCUCCAUCAAGUCAGACGUUUGGUCUUUUGGGGUUUUGCUCUAUGAGAUUAUGACCUAUGGAAGCGUCCCAUACCCAGGCUUCAACAACCGCGAAGUUUACAACAAAGUCAAGAGCGGCUACCGGAUGGAGGCGCCCAGCAAAUGCCCCGGCUUCAUCCACGGCAUCAUGCUGAAAUGCUGGCAGGAGCAGCCAGAGAACAGGCCCGCCUUCAAACACCUCAGGGACAUGCUGGAGAGAAGCUGCUAUGAGCUGGAGUCGCCACCAGGGGGCAGCAGGGAGCAGUGACCUGGACACAAACAUGGCCGCUGCUGUGGCAGAGAAGUGAAAUACGGUAGUUUCCCGGCCAAAACGGRGACUGGACCGGCCGCUUUUACAGCUUUAAAGACGCUUCACAUCAUCACGACAAGAACAGAAUCUGAACCAGGGGUGUCCAAAGAACGGCCCGGGGGCCAUUUGUGGCCCUCAGAACAAUUUUGGGCGGUCCUUGAUUAUUAUUCAAGAAUACUCUAAAUUUGAAGUUUUUACUAAGGCAGUUUUUUUUUUGUUUUUUUUUUAAAGGAAGAUACAAUUAAGAUCUUAAAAUGGAAAAAGUUAAGGGCAACACACAGUAUUCACCCAUGUUUUUGCUUCACUUUCCUGGAAUUUAAUGUAAUUUAUUAAUAACAGGUACAAAAACAUCCAGUGACCAGGCUUGGGCCUGACCAUUUAGUAAACCUGGCAAAAUGAAAACUAAAGACAAAAACAAAUCUAGAAAAAUAUGAAUCUGAAAUAUGGUUUGUUGUUUCAAAUAUGGCAAACAUGCGAGAUCCUUUUUUUUCAUUUAAACUCUGUAAUAAUUGUCAACAGAAAUCUGACAAUCACUGUAGAGUUACAUUAAAAUAUGAGUUGAUUUUAUAAUUUAUUUAGCAGGCGAAAAUAAAAAAACAAAAUAGUUUUUACAAUUAAAAUACUMAAAAUGUUGUGAACCYUAGAAUAGCUUCAUCUUGACUUUUACGGCCCAAAUGUAAAGUUUGGACGCCGCUGAUCUAAACUUUGCUGAAAAGGCUGCUGAAUAUUAUUAAUAAACUUUUACACUACUAGUGGAGAUGUUUAA